CAGCUGUCGAUUUAGAUUUGCUGGGAAUAUUCCCACGUUUCGAACAUUUAAAAACUCGUCUUUGAAAGUUACGUUUAACAUCCAACAUGAAGACAUUAGUCGUAAUAGCUUUUCUUGUUCUCAUCGUUGCCCUGGUGGCAGGGGAUGAAGUUAAAAAAUGUGAUGUUCAAUCUGACUGCGCAGCAGAUGAAUGUUGUUUGAAGCUUCACAAGUUUUCCGCAGCAAAAUGCAAGAAACGAAGACAGGAAGGUCAGUUCUGUUUCUUGGAUGACAGAAUGCAUGAAGAAAAAUAUUACAAACAUCUCUGCCCAUGCGUAGAAGGCCUGGAAUGUAAGAAGCAGGAUAAGGGCCAUGCAAAGUGUAGCUAGAUGAAAAUAUUCUGCUGAGGACACUGAAGAAUGUUCUGCUUUUGUCCUUAACAAAAGAUUAAUAACAUCAUAACUGAUGAUAAUUUUAAUAUUUAAGAGUAAAAAUUGUAUCAAAUAAAUUAAUUUGAAACUUAGAA